GCGGGGCAAUGGCGGCCCCGGUGCCGGUUGACGGCCCACGGCUCCCCGGCUGUUAAAUAACCGCAGCAGCGGCGGCGGCGGCAGCAGCGGGCGGGGAACCGGCGGCAGCAGGAGGAGGAUGAGCGGCCGCAGGAGCCGGCGGAACAGUUUAACGGCGGCGGGUAACGGCUCAAGCGGGGGCCGGCGGGGCGGCGGCGGCGCAGAAAUCGAAUCAAAGAAGAAGCGGAAGCAGCUGGUCAUUCACCAGGCUGUGAACGCCGACCCCGUGGACGUGAAGACCCUGCGGCAGUGCGCAGUUAGUGAGGGCGGGCUGCUGAGUGAUGAGAUCCGCAGGAAGGUUUGGCCCAAGCUGCUCAACGUCAACGUUUACACCCUGCCUUCAAAACCGGGUAAGGAUAUAAGGGAAGGCCACAAAGACUACAGCCAGGUCGUCAUGGAUGUACAGCGGUCACUGCGCAGGUUUCCUUCUGGGAUGCGGGCUGAUCAGCGAGCAGUCCUACAAGAGCAACUGAUUAAUGUCAUCCUUUACGUUUUGCAAAGGAACAAGCAGCUUCAUUAUUAUCAAGGCUUCCAUGAUAUCGUUGUGACCAUCCUCCUGAUGGUCGGUGAACGGAUGGCCAUUGCACUCAUGGAGAUACUGUCCUCCCAUCAUCUCAGGGAUUUCAUGGAUCCCACAAUGGACAGCACAAAACAUAUCUUAAACUACUUGAUGCCAAUCCUGGAGCAGGUGAAGCCGGAUCUCCACGACUUCAUGCACAGGGCGGAGCUGGGCACCAUCUUUGCCCUGAGCUGGCUGAUCACCUGGUAUGGUCACGUUCUCUCCGAGUUCCGUCACACUGUCAGGCUGUACGACUUCUUCCUGGCCAGUCACCCGCUGAUGCCGGUCUACCUUGCAGCUGCGAUCGUGCUGCACCGCGAGCGGGAGGUUCUCCAGUGUGAGUGCGACAUGGCCAGUGUCCACCAGCUGCUGUCCCACAUCCCCGCCGACCUCCCGUACGAGAGGCUGAUCGUCAGCGCGGGGGAGCUGUACUCCCGCUGCCCGCCCUCGCAGCUCGCCCGGCAAGCAGCGCAUCAGCCUUUUGCUGUUCGCGUCACAAUCAGCACCUUCCAGGAUUUCCAGCAGGCCACGUGCCGGCAGCGGCCCGAUGCCGUUCUCUGGCAGCAGUCCAAGGCCAGAGCUCGCUCACCGCACGGCCUUGCCAAGGCCGCGGCUCCAGCGGGGGCCAACCAGCUGGUCAAGAUGGCGGUGUGGGGGCUGACCGCCACUCUGGGAGCGGCUGCCUUUGCCGUGGUCAACACCGCGAUGGAGUGGGCGCCGGAGUUUGUCCUGCAGCUGUUCCCGUAGCCGGGGAUGGAAUCUCUGACCAGCACGCGCCGACUCAAACCAAGCUGCGCCCUGGUGCAAAGUGUCAAAUAAGCCAAGAAACAAAGCAAGACGUGGUGCUUUUCAUCAUGCUUUCCAUUCUCAUGGCCAUCGGAGGACCAGCCAUUCACACACAUCUCCCCUCCCCCAGAGCCAGAGGAACUCAGCGGCUCAGACAGCGCCUGUCGAGGGAAAUGGACAGACGAGGUGUUGGGCCGGGACCCUUCACCCGCCCACCGCCUCCUGCUCUACCACAAGGGCUGGCAUGGAAGCAUUGGACAGCGUGGCCUACCGUGUUCCGUAGAUAUCCUUCAUUCUAUACUUCUGUCAGAUGUUCAGCCAAGGACAACUCGAGAGGUUUUAAGAUGGAAAGCCCGUGUUCUUGAAUGGGGGAUAGGAAGCGAGUCCGGCCUAACCAUGGUCAUUGGUCAUUGGUCAUCGGCAAGCCGCAGAUGCUGACAAUCUGAAAUAAAAACAGACAUGGGCAGGAAACUCUGAGUAGCAAAGGCUGCAUCUGCGGGAGGAGAAACAAGAGUUAAGCUCUUGGACCUGAAAGGUGGAUCAUUCAUUCCUCUCUUUCCACAGAUGCUGCCUGACCUGCUGAGUGUUUCUGUCAUGUACUUGUACAUUCCACAUA